AUGUUGCCAGAGAAAAAGCAUGGAGGAGGUCUAGAGGGAGAUAGAGAACCUUUACACAUUCUUCAGCAUGGAGGAGGUCUAGAGGGAGAUAGAGAACCUUUACACAUUCUUCAGCAUGGAGGAGGUCUAGAGGGAGAUAGAGAACCUUUACACAUCUUUCAGCAUGGAGGAGGUGUAGAGGGAGAUAGAGAACCUUUACACAUCUUUCAGCAUGGAGGAGGUGUAGAGGGAGAUAGAGAACCUUUACACAUCUUUCAGCAUGGAGGAGGUCUAGAGGGAGAUAGAGAACCUUUACACAUCUUUCAGCAUGGAGGAGAUCUAGAGGGAGAUAGAGAACCUUUACACAUCUUUCAGCAUGGAGGAGGUGUAGAGGGAGAUAGAGAACCUUUACACAUUCUUCAGCAUGAAGGAGGUCUAGAGGGAGAUAGAGAACCUUUACACAUCUUUCAGCAUGGAGGAGGUGUAGAGGGAGAUAGAGAACCUUUACACAUUCUUCAGCAUGGAGGAGGUCUAGAGGGAGAUAGAGAACCUUUACACAUCUUUCAGCAUGGAGGAGGUGUAGAGGGAGAUAGAGAACCUUUACACAUUCUUCAGCAUGAAGGAGGUCUAGAGGGAGAUAGAGAACCUUUACACAUUCUUCAGCAUGGAGGAGGUCUAGAGGGAGAUAGAGAACCUUUACACAUCUUUCAGCAUGGAGGAGGUCUAGAGGGAGAUAGAGAACCUUUACACAUUCUUCAGCAUGGAGGAGGUGUAGAGGGAGAUAGAGAACCUUUACACAUCUUUCAGCAAACUCAUUGA